AUGGAGCGGCUUCCUUUUUUCGCCGAGGAGGUCCCACUCGCCGACGUCCUCUGUCUCCUCGCUGAGGAGGACUCCUUUCAGGAGUUGGGGGCGUCGGCUGAGAAGACCGGCCCGGUGAUGGCUCCGCUUACCCCUGGGACUGCUCCCUCCCGCUCGGCCGAGCGGGUGCGGCGGCGUUCCAGUUCUUCCUCUUCCUACUCGGAGGAGGAAGUCGCCACUCCUGUGGACAAGGGUGCCGACCCCCUGGCGGUGAAGGAGGAUUUCUUCGCUGCCAUCUCUGCUGCUGCGCGGCGCCUGCGCAUCCCCAUGCCGUUGCCCACGCCAGAGGAGGGGGACGACCUUUCCGAGGCGGCCCGAGACCACUGGACAUCAGUGAGUAACAACAAAUACCUCGGAGUAACUGCACAUUUCAUCAGUGACACGUGGGAACUGAAGUCUUUUGCGCUGACUAUAUUAAAAACUGAGGAGCGUCAUUUUGCGGAGGCUUGUAAAGAACAGUUCCUGUCUGUUGCACGUAAGUGGGACAUCGAGGGCAAGACGACAACCAUUGGGACUGACAGUGCACGUAACAUGGUUGCCGCAAUUCGACUUACACGCUAUGAACACAUGAAGUGUGUCGCUCACAUGGUGCAGAGAAGUGUCACAGAGAGUCUUGCUGACAGCGGCUUUGUAAAUGCUUUGGCCAAGGCUUGCAAAGUUGUCGGUCAUUUUAAGCACAGCCCAGCAAAUGCUGCGGAGAUUCAAGCACAACAAGUCAGCCUGGGUAAGAAGCAAGAGCCAUUGAUCCAGGAUGUUCCAACACGUUGGAAUUCGAAGCUGGAAAUGGUCAAGCGCGUGAGCAGAAAUAAAGAGGUUGUCAUCGCAGCCCUGGACAAUCAGGAGCACAAACUUGUUUCGCCGAUCGCAGCAGAGUGGGAUAAACUGCAGAGGCUGGAGACACUUCUAGAGCCAUGCAGGUAUGUAACUGAGCUCCUGGGUGGAGAGGCCUAUGUCUCCUGUUCUGUGGUACUACCUUCUCUCUGCCACUUGCGUCUCAAGAUGGAAGCCUGUGAUGAGGACCCUGCAUAUGUGGUGAGAUUCAAGACCAAGUUCAAGGAGGACCUAGCAUCCCGUCAAGAACAGCUCAACAAUGCAUGGCUCCAGAUUGCUACAGUUUUGGAUCCUUGUUUCAAAGACUUGAAAUGCCUGCCCAAGACAGACAGGGAAGAGGUGUGGACCACACUUGAAGGGAUGCUGCAACAAGAAUCACCCAGAAGGUCUUCACAGACACAUGAUGAUGGGCCACCCAGGAAGAAAAUCAGCCUUCUGCAAAUGGGCUCAGAUUCAGAAUCAGAAGAUGAAGAGGUCCAACCUGCCAUACAGAGGUACAGAGCAGAGCCCACCAUUAAAUUGGAGGACUGCCCCUUGAGGUGGUGGGCAUCUCAUUCAGGAGCCCAUGAGAAGCUGGCCUCACUAGCUCACAAAUAUCUAGCAACUCCUGCAACCACUGUUCCCUGUGAAUGA